AUGAAGGUGUUCGUGGUUGUACUAUUAUUGGUCGUCUAUUCGUGUACUGAAAAAAACAUAACGUGGGACGAACAUCAUAACAAUUACGAGCUUUUUGAAAUACUGAAAUCUGUACAUCAUAAAUGCAGAAAUAUAUCCAAGUUGUAUUACCUGACUGCUGGCGAUCUUGAAAGUACAAAACUCGGAAAUAGGUUGUUUGUUCUCGCGAUUGGGGGAAAUCCAGAAAAGCAUGUCCCUCUUAUCCCCGAGGUGAAACUAGUGGCAAAUAUGCACGGCAAUGAGGUAGUGGGGCGCGAACUUCUUCUUCGUCUUGCCAAGUACUUGUGCGACAAGUACACUGAGGGCGACGGCCUUGUUAGUUGGCUUCUUCAACAUACCCGGAUUCAUCUGUUACCUUCAAUGAAUCCAGACGGAUACGAACUGGUUGAAGAAACGGGAAAGAACGAACUCAGCGGUCGAACUAAUGCCAAUAAUGUGGACCUCAACCGCAAUUUCCCCGAUUCUGACCGACUUGCCUUUCAGGGUGAGGUGGACCGUAAGGCAUGGGUCGAGUUACUGGCCGAAUAUCAGGACAUCCCCAGAGUGAGUUAUCUUAAUUACUGCAGCUCGUAUGUGAUCUGA